GGAAAGCAUAUGAAACGAGGAGUGAGUGUUACUUUGCAAAAAAGAGAAAAAAGAAGAACAAAACCCCAAAUAAAGAAAAGUUCAAAUAAAUUGCUUAAACGAUGCAGAUCAUGUUUUGAUAUCAACAACAAUGACAACUCUCGCAUCAAAGAGAAAACGGAGAAACCAUCACGUUCCAACUGUGACUGCGGUGCAAGUGCAACUGCAUCCACGAAGUCACCAGCAGAAGCAGAAGCAGCAGCAACACCAAAAGCAACAUCAGCAGAAGCAGCUAAAUCGAAAUCGAUGUGAAUUUGAGUCGUAAUCUCAAAUCACUCCGAGUGCAAGUGUUGACAGCAAGUGCAUGAAAUCUGCAAUAUACAGUUACAAAUUUCAGCACCAACGCCUUGUUUCUUUUUGUUCUUGUUGUUGUGGUUAUUAUUAUUUUUUUUCUCCGACUAUUAUUUUGUUUUCGUUUCGUGCAACUCAAUCGCCAAUCGCAGCAACAGCAGCUUCAACCUCAACCUCGAGUUUGUGCCAAUUUAUUUACAACAACAUUUUGCCCCGAAGGCGCCAACGAUUGCUCUGGAAGUUCAACUUCCAUACGCUGGCCUUGUUAUAAUUUUUUCGCUUAAAUCGUAUUGUUGGUGUUGUGUUACUGUAUGAGUAACUGAGAGGGGGCAAACGUUUUAAGCGUUGCGGGCAAGAUCCGUUGAUUCCUACUGGAGUGACGUGUCGUGGGGGCGUCGAUAGCGAUGCAGUAUAGGCCACCAUGGGUUCACAGACCUUGGAGAUACUGCGCCAAGGCGUGUGGGCCUCACUGACCGGCGGCUACUUCUACGAUCCGCAUCAGGGUGUCUUCUGCAACGUGGUGCAUCUCUACCUCUGGCUCUACCUGCUCUGCUCGCCCUUCAUUGCCUACUUGUACUUUCCCAGCACCUGGUUAACAUGGUGCCUGUACUGCGUGCUCACCAGCAGCACUGUGCUGCUGGUCAAGCUAGUCAAUCUGGCACUACAUCGACUCUACGAUCGCGCACAGACCAUGUCCGAGGUAAACCUAAAAAGCCAAUUUUUCAAAGUAACCAAGGAGACAGAAGCACGCGAACGCGACGAAGAGCAUGGCAUUGAAAUGAAAGUAAUGCGUGCCGCGGGCGGCGGUUCGCGUCUAUCCGUGGAGCAUCCUAUCAAUGAGGCCAGCGAGGAGAACAGCAUCAUGUCCAUUGACAAUGUCAACAGCAUUAUUGAAGAUCUCAAGGUUGACGUACAUCGCAAAAACAGCUCCGAGUCCAUAGAGCUAAUGUUCUAUGCGCCCUCCAUGCUUUCGACCAGCAGUCAGCAGGAUCAGCAGUCUUUAGCCGGCUCAGCCAGCGUCAGCAAAUCCCUACGCUCCAGCAUUGCAGCUGCGGCGCAACAAAACAUGUCCGCCAAUGAGCUCUUCAGCAAAUACCUCACUGUUUAUCCGGAAGUGGUGGAGGGCACUCAAAGCAGUGCCAACAGUGCUGACGGCGGCGCCAGUAGCAGCGGUGCCGACAGCCAUCGUACCAUACAGCAGCCACCAGCCACAGCAACAUCAGCAGCAGCAAUGGCGGCCGCACGCAGUGGCCAUUUGUCACGCAAAUGCUCCGAAGUAUUUAGCAGCCGGCGUCGUCGUCGUCUGGAGCGCCAAAGCAGCCUGGACGCGGGCGCUGGCAUUGGCGCCGAGUCCACAUUUAGUGCCAAGUUGAUGCGCAAUCAAUCCGAUACCAUUGCCACCAAUAACUCAGCCCUAGCGGCGCCCAGUUUCCUACACACAAAAGCCGUGCGUGGUCAAGCCAAUGCGCGUCAGCAUUUUAUAGCCGCUGCCACAGCCAACAAUGAAGCAGCUGCAAAUACGUCUUCCUCUGCUGCCGCCGCCGCCGCCGUCGCCGCAGCUGCUGCUGCCACGCAAAUUAGCAAACGUGGCUUACGCCUGACGCGUCAUCGCAGCUCCGAGACGCAUGAAGAACGCACCAAGCACCAAAGCCGCGUCAGCUUGUUCCAUCUCCAGCAACAACAGCAGCAGCAGCAACAAGAGCGACAGCUGCAGCAGCAACAGCAACAAAAGCAGCACAGCAUUGGCAGCGGCGUCAAUGAUGUGGACGACAUGGAACUGGGCCUGGCCAACGAUGCCUGCAAUCGUGCACUGCAAUCCUGGAUACUGGACUCCUCAUCGGAUGUGUAUCUGGAGGAUGAUAGCUAUACCAAAUCCGAUCUAGGCAUUGAGCAGCAGCCACAUGCGGCGCCAUUUCGAGCGCAACAUCAUCACCACCACCACCACCAUCAUCACCAUCAGCUGCAUCACCCACACCAUGGCAUGCAUCAUCAGCUGGGCGUGGGCGCCAUACGCAAGGAGCCCCCAAGCAGCACCAUGUCCGCCUUGCAGCUGUGCGCCUCCAGCACGGCACUUCGCGAGCAGCUGAGCGAGCUAGCUGGAGCAGGUGCUGCUGUUGCUGCUGCUGCAGGUGUGGGCGGUGGCGGAGCACGCAGCAGUGCAGCGGGCAUUAAGCGACGACGACAUUCCAAUGCCACCAGCUAUCAUAAGGCACAGAGCGGCUCCAAAUCCACGAUGCUUGUUAGCUCAGGUAACUCGGCCGGCGGUGUGCGUCGCAUAAAGAGCGCCGCCUUGGAGGUGCUCUGUCCGCAGCCUUCAGUUUCCAAUCUUAGUCCGCAUCCCAACAGCGUGGAGGCUAUAAGCGGCCAGCAGCAGCUGCGCAAUCCGCUGCCCCCGCCAAGCAAGAGUCUUGUGCGCAAUCAGCAUCUGAAUCUAUUUCCAGCGCGUCUGGUGGAUCAGCAAUAUGCCGAGAGUGGCGGAUCCGGUGGCGGUGGUGGCAGCAGCUGCAGCAGCGUCAUCUUUGGCAGCGCCAGCGCUUGCGGUUCUACCACAGCGCUCAUCGAUCCACCUGUCUAUCCCAUAGUGGAGCAGCUGGAUGAGAAGACCAGCGAUGAUUCGGCCACGGCGCAAGUGGAACCAACCGCUGGCCCUGCCCCCGCCACUGCCAAUGGCAAUGAAGACGACGAUGAUGAGCUGGACGAUGUGCCGCUGCGUCGACGCACCCGCGCCCUCGGCUGCAGUCAGACGCAUCACAGUGCAGAAUCGGAUGUAGGUGGCAUUUUGGCAGACGACGAUGACGAUGUGUUCAAGGACUUUGAUGAUAACCUGGAGCAUAUACUCAGUGUAAUGGAGCACACGCAAAAUCAAUUGGAUGACAUACUCAAGGGACAGGAGCUAAGCGCAGCAGCAGCAGCAGCAGCGGCGGCGGCGGCAACAGCAGCCAGCGAGCACAGCACGCCAGCUGUGGGGCCAGCAGCCACCUCAGAUGAUGAGGAGACGGACAAUAAUACGGGCUCACGUUCGCCGCUGCUCAGCAAUCGCCAGCAGCAGCAGCAAAGUCUGCGUGAGCUGGCUGCGGAGCAGGCGCUGCGUCAUGAGUUGUCCCACCCUGCGCUGCAGCGAGAGCAACAGCAGCGGGAGCAGCCAGUGGCAGUGGCAGCGGCAGCACCCACUCAAAGUCGCAGUCAGUUAAUACGCAGCGAAGCAGACUCCGGAUGUCCCUCCAGUGAUUGUGAGCAGAUCAGCGCCAGCAGCAAGGAUCAACUGCUGGCCGGCAUGGAGCCGCCGCAAGCAUUGAUGCUGCAACCCCUGCCAGCGCCAGCGGCGCAUCCAGACGAGGAGCAGCCGUGCACUUCGCGCAUGGCAGCGCGCAGUUUGGGCGCCAUACCCAAGGUGGUCAAGUACCGUGAGGUGGACGAGCUGCGUUGUCGACACAACAAUCACAAUCACAACAACAACAACAACAACAUCAUCAGCAGCAGCAGCAUCAACAAUAACAACAACAACAACAGCAGUAGCAAUAACAACAACAACACCAACAGUGAGUUGGCGCUGCUGAAGACACAAGCAAAGCUCAAUCUACAGCGCAGCGCCAACUCCUCGUCAUCGAACUCCACGCAAAGCAUAAGUCCCACUGAAAGCCUGACGGCAGACAUCCACAAAAUGCUGUGGCUAAUGCAUGGCGGAGCAGUGGACGACCGUGGUCGUCCCAUAGCCGGCAUCGCCAACGACGGCACACCCAUACCCGCCAAUCCCAGCGUGGUGCCGCCGAAUAUGUCCAACGCGCACUUUCAGUUCUACCAGGAUGCCAUACAGGCCAUGCAAGGCAGCUACCCCUCGCCCAGCUCCGUGGAGCACAUGCGACACAUAGAGCGCGCCCUGACGCGCGACAAGCUGCGCCUGGAGGCCAAGGUGGUCUGCGAGCAGCUGGCCGAGGCGGCCCAGCUGCAGGUGCCCACAUCAGCCACCAGCCGCGCCAUGGCCGCCCAAUCUGCCACAGCAGCAGCUCAGCUGUCACUGCAGGGCAUCUUCAAUGCCAUGCGCAGCGAGCAGCAGGCGGCGCGCCAGACGGCGCUGCAGCAGCAGCUGAAUGAAGCCGCCGCGGCGGCCAACAGCGAUCCGCUGGUGUCCGCGGCCAUUGCCGCUGCGGCCGCCAACAGCCAACAGCGGCUGAGCCAGCCCAUGCUCAAUGUGGAUGGCCACUUUGCGCCCUACUGUGAUUACUGGCGUCCAGCCUGCCUGCUGGCCGCGGAGAAGCCGGUGGCGCCGAAGAGCUACUACAAGUACCGCUUCAAAUGGUGCGGGCACGAGCAUGAGUUCAAAAUCGCCAUGGACAGGCUGGAGCUACUGGCGCUGUUCGAUCGCGACCUGCACUGGAUGCACGUGCUCUUCGCGGGCGUCCUCUGCACCCUGGUGGCCUGCCUGGGAGCCGCCAUUCUGCAGCACAACUACUACAAGGAUUUGUGCGUGCUGCUCUUCUGCGCCGUCAUCGGCGGCGCCCAGUACUCGCUCAUCAAGAGCGUCCAGCCGGACGCCUCCUCGCCCGUGCAUGGCUUCAACAAGACGGUGGCCUACUCGCGCGCCAUUUACUUCUGCCUCGCGGGCGGGCUGCUGCUGCUCCUGAAGCGGCUGGAGGUCAACUACGCAACCGCCGGGCAACCGCCGGGCAUGUUGACCUUCUUCGGCGUGCGCUACUCCCCCGCCGCCCUGGUCUCGCUCCUGCUGCAGGCGCUCUACAUCCUGCUGCUCUGCUUCCCCCUGGUCUUCUCCAUCGGCCUGUGCCCGCAGAUCAACACGUUUCUCAUGUACCUGCUCGAGCAGCUGGACAUGCACGUCUUUGGCGGCAAUGCAGCGAGCAGCCUCCUGGGUGGCUUCCUCUGUCUGGUGCGCUCUGUGCUGGCGGUCAUGCUGCUCUACGGACCGCUCUAUGCCGCGCUGGACGAGCGUCGUGGCACCCAGUACAUCCUAUUCAGCAUAUUCUGCGCAAUGCUCAUACCGCUCGGCUAUCAUCUGUCGCGCUCCGCCAGCGACUUCAGUCAUCUGUGGCGGCUCAUCAAGACCUGCAUUGUGAGCACCUAUCGCGACGAUGAGGAGGAGGAGUUGAAGCAGCUCCAACUCCAACUCCAACAGAGCAAGCGCAAGCCGGCCGAGCUGCAGAAGCAGCCGUCACAGCGCAGCAGCAGCAAACGCUCGGCACAGGCCACACCUUUGGCGAACAGAGCGUCCAGAUUGGCUGCUGGUAGUCAGGAGCACGUAGAGAUCAGCAACGAGCAGCCUGCUCAGCAACAGCAGCAGCGGCAGCAGGAGGAGGAACCUGAGGCACAGCUGGAGCUUCAGCAGGCCAAGUCCAAGGCCUCCUCACUGGGCAGCAGUCAAACGCUGGGCAAAGGCAAACGCAUUAUGACCGCCUCCAGCUCGUACGCCUCCAUUGGAGGUGAGGAGUGUGGCGCCGUGGAGCUGCCUAGCAGCGAGGAUGCCAAGCUGACGCGCAGUCAGGAGCAGCUAUAUGAUGAGUCCAAGACUGCAGCAGAGCUGCCGCUGGAUGCGCAGGAUGACAAAGUUAGCAGCUCCUCCACCACCAACCCGGGCGAUAUGUCCACGCUCACCGCCGGCGCGAACACAGCCAACACAGAUGGCGAAGCCAAUGGCCACGACGGCCUCGACAUUGGCGAACUGCCCACCGCCAGCGGCGACGACCGCCAAGACCCCGCCAACGAUCUGCCCGAUCCACUGCCGCGCAAGCUGCAGGCCACGGUAACCACACGGCUGAAAAACGAUUUCGUCGUCAUGACCCUUCUGGGCGUCAGUGUGCUGGUGCUGCACUGCAGCACAGUCUUCACCGUGCUCCAGCCGGAUCUCAAUGUGGUGCUCUACGCCUUCAUUGGCACCCUCGGCGUCCUUCUGCACUACGCCGUGCCCCAGAUGCGCAAGCAUAUGCCCUGGCUCUGCUUUGCCCGUCCGCUGCUGCGCCAGAAGGAGUUCGGCCAGUUCGAGGUGCUCAACGCCCCGCAGAUCAUGUGGUUCGAGAAGUUCUACAUCUAUCUGAGCGUCCUCGAGCGCAAUGUGCUCUUUCCCCUGCUCGCCAUCUCCUCCCUGACUGCGGACGCCCAACAGAUUGCGGACAAGUUCGGAGUGCCCUGGGGCACGCUCAUCGUGGCCAUUUGCGCGCUCAAAUUCGUACGCAAUGCGUAUUCGGAUCCAACAAAUCAGUACCUGAUCAUUAUAUUCACCGUAUUGCUUUUCCGCAUUGACUUUGCCAUGGCCUCGGAAUGCUUCAUCGUUGACUAUUUCUUCGUAUCGCUGGCAUUCCGCAAAUGCUGUGAUUUUCUGCUAAAGUUGCAAUUCAUCGUGACGUAUAUAGCGCCGUGGCAAAUCACGUGGGGCUCCGCAUUCCACGCGUUUGCGCAACCCUUCAGCGUUCCCCACUCGGCCAUGCUGUUCCUGCAGGCUGGCAUCUCGGCACUGCUGUCGACGCCGCUGAAUCCAUUCCUGGGCAGCGCUAUAUUCCUCACCUCGUAUGUGCGUCCGGUCAAGUUCUGGGAGCGGGACUACAACACUCGCCGCAUCGAUCACUCCAAUACGCGGCUGAGCUCACAGCUGGAGCGGGACUUGGGCGCCGACGACAACAAUCUCAACAGCAUAUUCUAUGAGCAUUUGACGCGCUCCCUGCAGCACUCACUGUGCGGUGAUCUGCUCAUGGGACGCUGGGGCAAUGUGAAUCAGGGCGAUUGUUUUGUGCUUGCCUCGGAUGAUCUCAAUUGCCUGGUGCACAUCAUAGAGCUGGGCAAUGGCCUGUGCACAUUCCAAAUGCGUGGCCUCGAGUUCCGCGGCACCUACUGCCAGCAGCGUGAGGUGGAGGCCAUCACCGAGGAUGUGGAGGACAACGAUGGGUGCUGUUGCUGCGACCCAGGACAUCUGCCGCGUCUUCUCAGCGCCAACGCCAUGUUCUCCACCCGCUGGCUGGCCUGGCAAGUGGUUGCCGCCCAGUACGUCAUCGAGGGCUACUCCAUAUCAGAUAAUCUGGCCAGCGCUACGUUGCAGGUGUUUGAGUAUCGCAAGGUGCUCAUCACCUACUACAUCAAGAGCAUCAUCUACUAUGUGGUCAGGAAUCCCAAGCUGGAGCAAUGGCUUGCCUCGGGUCCCAUACAGGAAGCCUUGCAGCACACGCUCUCACGUCAGUUUGUCGAUCUGGAUCCCAUCUUCAAUUUCAAUCUGGAUGAGGACUUUGAUUUUCGUGCUGUGGGCAUCACACGCGCCAGCUUCUGUUAUGUCUAUCUAAAGUGGAUCAACUACUGUGUGGACAAGCGCAAGGAGGCGCAGGGUGUAGUCACCAAGGACCAAGGCCCAUCCCCACCAGCAUCAGCAGCAGCAGCAACAACAGGAGCGGCCGGAUCGGCAGCAGCAGCGCCGAUGGCAACAGCAGCUGCCAGCACGGUCAAUUCGAACUCGAACACGAACACUCCAGGGCACAACGAUUCGAAGAGCACGCCCAAUCUGUCCACCCACAAUGCCAACAGUACGCCGCAGUCCAAGUCGCAGUCGCAGCAGCAACUGCGCAGCGUGCAGCGGCCGCAGAAGAGCGCCACCAUGAGCGGCAGCUCAGCGCCCGUGGCACAGUUGCCCGAGAGCGGAGAGCAGCUGAGCAGCUCGCACAGCUUUGCGAACAUCUCGCGGCAGACGUCGGAGAGCGCGCCGGGAUUGGGCGGCUAUGUGGCCUAUGUCGAUCAGAAUGUGUUCGUCAAGCUGGCGAAGACCGCGCCCACAGGCAAGACGCUGCGCAAGGAGGACUCACCCCGCACACAGCCACCCGGCCCCGGACCCGGACCGGGCCCCAGCAUGAUUGUCCCCGAGGGCAGCAAUCUAACCACCAUCCUGCCCAAGUCAGACUUUCCCAUCAAAGAGCACCGGCCGGCGUUGAAGGUGAAGGUGGGCAGCGUGUCCAAGGAUGCGCCGCUGGUUUCGCUCUGCCUGGCCCUGGGCCUGCUUGCGCGCCGCUCCUUGGCCACCGCCUCGCACAGUUCGCUGACGGGCGUGGAGUUCUUCCUGCAUGGUCUGCACGCCCUCUUCAAGGGCGACUUUCGGAUCACUUCGCCACGUGACGAGUGGGUCUUUGCGGACAUGGAGCUGCUGCAUUCGGUGGUGGCGCCUGCCGUCAAAAUGGCCCUCAAGCUGCAGCAGGAUCACAUUACCAACCCGGAUGAGUUCCUCGAUCCCAACGCCCUGUACGACGCCAUCGACAGCUGCUCCAAGGAGCUAGUCAUCUCCCACGAGGCGGAUCCCGUCUGGCGCAGCGCUGUGCUCCGUGGCGCGCCCAAUUUGCUGGCGCUGCGCCACGUUAUGGAGGAUGGCUCCGAUGAGUACCGCAUCAUACGGCUGACCAAGCGCUUCCUCAGCUUCCGCGUCAUCAAGCUCAACCGCGAGUGCGUGCGUGGCCUCUGGGCCGGGCAGCAGCAGGAGCUCAUCUAUCUGCGCAACCGCAAUCCGGAGCGCGGCAGCAUCCAGAACGCCAAGCAGGCGCUGCGCAACAUCAUCAACUCGAGCUGCGACCAGCCCAUAGGCUACCCCAUCUAUGUCUCCCCGCUGACCACAUCCUAUGCGGACACCAAUGCCCAGCUCUGCCAGGUCAUAGGUGGCGCCAUCACGCUGGACACCAUUCGCCAGACGCUGCUGGAUUGGUGGCAACGCAUACGGGAGCGCUGUCGCCAGGGCUGCAGCUCCGGCUCGGCCAUGGAAGCUUCCCUCCAGCUCGGCGGCCCCUGUAACUUUGGCAGCGGCGGCAGCGUCGUGGGCGCGGGAAGCACAGUGGCCGUUGUGCCGCCAGCUGCCAGCGCUGUGGGCGCGCCGGCCCUGACGGGCAGCAUUGGCGGCAGCGCCAGCGCGCCAGGCACCACCAGCAGCACGGGCGGCGAGUCCGGCGAACUGGGUCCGGUGUUUAUAUCGGCGCCACUCUACAACACGCUCACCGUCAACAGCUACUACGGCGUGCGGUCCGGCGCAGUGGGCGGCAAUCUGGGUGGCAGCUAUGUCAGCGACACUUUGGCGGUGGUGCGCGGCGGUCUGGCUGUGAUGCCCGUCAAGCCCACGUCCACCACUCUCAUUGCGGGCCUGCUGAAUCGCGAGCGUGAUCAAGAGGUCGCCUCGGGCUCCACCCUGCGGGCCAGCAGCAGCGGUCCACGUGGUCGCAGCCAACUGCAGAGCAGCGCGCGUCGCGCCACUUUGCCCAUUGCCAGCAGUGCCGCCGCCGAGUCGCUGCCGUCCAAGGAGGCGGCGCAGGCACGCGCCGAGCCGAGCUCCGAGCAGGAGCCCAGUGCCCGCACCGCCACCACCAGCAAGCUGUCCUCCUCCUCUGGCAGCCUGGGCCUAGGCCUGGGCAUAGGCAACAUCAUCACCACUCCGGGCGACUAUCCGCGCAAGACCAAGGGACCCAUCUGCCUAAUGAGCAGUGAGGCCUCGGCCACCUCGGCGGUGGCCUCAGCCGCUGCUGCAGCCAGUGCCGCGGCGACGACGCCACGCAAACCACGCAUCGACAUCUACCGAAAGGUCAUCAUUGUGGAUGAUACGGGCAUCUACGACUGUCUGGAUAUCAUAGACGCCGUUGUAUGGCCGGCGGAUCACAUGCGCGCCAAUGGCGGUCGAUUGAGCUGGAAGGACUGGGAGCCCACCGCCGGCAUGGUGGGCCAUGUGGUGCAUGUGUGGGUGCCCAAUCACAAGGACAAGGUCUUUCGCUCCCAUGUCAAUCGCUGUGUCUAUCUCAUUGAGAUUGGUGAGCACUAUGUGCCCGUGGAGGAGCUGGGACUGCGCGAAUACAAUCAGAUUCUGGGCAGCAGCAGCGAGGAGAUGGCCAACUCGCGUCGCAGCUCCAUCCAACGGGACUUCCAUGAGUACAACAUGCAGCUCAAGCUGGCUGGCAUUCCCACGCUGGGGGGCAAGCCGCAUCAGGCCAAGAUACGUGCGGUCAGCAGCAGCAGCUCCGAGGAUGAGGAGGUGCCCCAGGAUACAGAGCAGCUGGAGGCGGAGCUGCAGGCGGAAAUUGAGGGUGCCAUGGCGCUGCCGCCAGGCGCUGCCAUGCCGGGCAUAGAUCUCAUGAACUUCAAUACGCUGCUCAACAUGUGGAAGCUUAUAGCCGACAAGAAGAAGCAGGCCAUAAACAUUAACGCUGCCGAGCCCUUUCCAGGCUUCGACUAUACGGGUGAUCUGCCUCCGGAGCUGAUGCGUCAGCUGGAGGAGACGCAACGUGAACAGCAGCAGGAGCUGCAGGCAGAGCAGGAGGAGCAGCUGCGCCUACAGCUCGAGCAACGCGAGCGUGAGGAUGUGGCUGAAGGCGAGGCGCGAGCAUUGUCCGCUGCGCUGGAGCCAGCAGCAGGUAUCACCACGCCGCCCUCCAUAGAGGAGCUUUCCCUAGAGGGCAGCAGUCUCACGCCCGCAAGCUCGCCCAAGACAACAACGCCGCCACCACCACCACCACCACCACCGCCGCCGCCGCUGCUGCCACUAAUCCGUCCACCACAUGCCAACGCAGAAGUCUCGUGGUGGUCAUAG